AUGGCUGAAAUAUCCCGCGUUGAUGAGUUCUGGAGAUCGAUGAGAGAUGAUGAUAAUGGCACUCCAGUCGCCACUGCAGAUUUGACAUGCCUCCCUGGAGAUCAGCCAAAACUUCCAGUCAAGAAAUUUAAGAAGAUAUCAAAGAAGAAGAAGAAAAUCGGUGUUGAUCCGGUGGUUGUUGAGAAAGUCAAAGAACCCUGCCCUGAGCCGGACCCAAUCGUUGAAGCAGAAGAGAUACCCCAUGAGCCAACACCCACUGAAUGCGAUACACCCACUCAGGCUUACCCAGAGCCUGAAGCAGUGGAAGAGCCCACAUGUGAUGAUGAGCAGCACACUCAAGUCGCAGACGAUAACGCAACUGUAAAAGACGACGCAGAAGAUCGAAAACCUCUUGUCUACCUACCUUUUAGUGCCCAGCAUCGACUCAUGGCCUUCCUCCAGCACAAGCUAGAGGAUAUGUGUUUCUCAUUCAGCCAGCGGUACCUCCCGCAGCUUCUUCAGGACCGUGGCUGGGACUGCCCGGAAGCUUUAGAGCUGCACAAAUGGUUGCGGACAUUAUCCAUGGAGCUUCCCUACAUCGGCCAAGACUGGGUGUUCAAACAAUCACGACUCUUUGAUUCUGUCACUCAAAUUCGCAAUGUCACCGUCAAUCGAUCUCAAAUCGAUAGUGCUCAAAUGGAGAAACUCAUGUCCGAUGCUGUAGAAUUAGCAUCCCUCUUCGAGGAGGAAAGGACUGUUAAGACUAUUGAUAGGCUCCGCGAAGACAUGGUCAGCACUUCCAAGUCUUUGGGUGCAGAAACUGAACAAAUCAAGCAAAGAUUUGAAUCCAAGCGGGUCGAGAUUGAAAUAGCACGCGCCAGGCUCGAUGAGCUGGAAAAUGCUACAAAGACAGCACUGAACAAGAGUCUUCUGGGUUGUCAGGACAAUGCUCGAUCAAAGAUCAUGCAGUCCAUCCAAAGAGCUGAAGCAGUUGAUCAAACAAUGGACUCUGCGAAUCGAUCGGGCGCAAUGUCGAGUCUGGAUUUGGUUAAUGACUUGGAGAACAGACUCAUGCUUGACGAUAGGGAAAUAUACGAAGUUUCUUCUCCACGAUCCUCUAUGUUUGAAGAUUGA